AUGGACGAACCAGAGAGUAACGUCGAAGGAUCGCUCGUUUCUCGGAGGUCAAGACGAAGUACGGCAGGAAAUCGGAUGCAAGCCGUUAUGGCUGAGAUGUCUGUCGAAGAUCCUGACCCAGAGGAUGAUCAGGACUUUGCCGUCGACAAAUUUGAGGAAGAUAUAUUCGGGUCAGAUUUCGAGAGCACAGAUGAGGAGGAAGCACAGCUAGAGGCAGAAAGUGGGGAGAAGGAGGUGCAAGAUGAGGAAAGGGAGGCAAGAAAGUCAGCCCGUUCGCGUGUUGAAAAAGCCACAGCUGCGGCUCAUGCAAGGCAAAAGAUGACUUUCAAUCCUACUGCUUCAAUCUCUCAGUCAGCUUCAAAGCCCAAAGCGAAAUUGAGGCGACAAGUAACCAUCAGCGUGAAUCCUGACACAGGAGAAGUAACCAUGGAUGACAUCGCUCGUCUUUCCCAGAAAAGACAAAGCAAGAGAACCCAUACGAUCAAGAACUCCUCCGCAACCAUUAAGCGCUUGCUUGAAACGGAACAGCAGAAGGCACUUCAGAUACCUAAGAAAUCUAAGGGAGAAACUCGAGCAUUAACGCAAGGGGAACUCAUUGCACGCGCACUCGAUAAUGAAGAAGGGAAUAUUGUCGAGCACCGGGACUAUCUCAAGUCAGAAGAGGAGAAACGAAGGCGGGCGCGUGUUGUAAGAGAAAAUAUCUCAGGACCUCUCGUGCGGUUUAUCAGCAAAGGGGAAGUCAAAGUGCGGGAAAUUCCAGCUCCGCUACCUUCGCCACCGUCUGCACAACCUGCCAAUCCUGGUGGAGCAUAUACCUACGGAUUUUCUCAGACACCUGCAUCGGGCUUCUCAACUUACGGGCAGCAUACGAGUUCUGCAACUACAUCUUACUACCGUACACCUGUCUCGGGAUCGGCAUCUAUCACCCCAUCCAGCAAUCUCAAUCUCCCCGUGCUUGAACUUGCCACAAGCGCUCUUUCGACAAUGAACAAUCAGACGAUUCCUACAGAUAAUUCUUCUCAGCUGGAGCACAUCCCAGAGCAAUGCACCGUCAAGGUUACCAAGAAUCUCGUAAUUCAUGAAUUAGGCCAACAUGACAAGGUUUCUAAACCGCAGUGGUCUGAAACCAUGGAAGCCUUAUUUGGAGACCACGUCAGAUGGGAAGACGUCAAAGUAUAUUCUGGCAAAUCACGACCUUUAUCUCGAAUAAGACAGACGUGUCCAAUCACAGGGUUGCAAGCGAAAUACCUGGAUCCCAGAACUGGUAUUCCGUUUGCUGAUGUACGAGCCUACAAAGUGAUAACUGGGUUGCUCUCUCAUUCUUAUGUAUGGUGUCCCGAAUUGGGAUGCUACACGAGGACUUCGCCCGAAGUUCAGGAAACAACUACGGAAUCCAUGAACUCGUCUUAA